GGAAAGGGAGAGAAGGUUGUCGGUGUCCCGAAGAAGCUUCCAUACCAAGCUUGUCCGCCCUUGGUCAGCCGCUAUGACCGCAUCUCGACCACCUUUCGCACGCCAACGCCAUUUCUGUUUCCUCGCCAAAAUUGCCCGGCCUCUAAGCAGCGAAGCACUCUACAUACCAGUGGAAACGAGCGCGAGAAAGCAGGAAUCCUCCAACAGACCAUCAAAGUCCGCUAAAUUUGCACCAACAAGGAUCAACCCGCCGCACGACUCAGACGAUGGCAGAAACUACACCAGCAGCACCUGCGGCCAAUGGCGCCAACGAUCAGAACACAGGAGGACGCGGAGGCCGAGGCAGGGGCGGUCAGAGAGGCGGUGCGUCGCGUGGAGGCUCGUCGAACAGCUUCAAUGGCGCUCCCAACGAACGAGGGACCGAUAGAGCCGGACCCGAAAGCAGAGGAAAUCGAGGGCGGGGCAGAGGCAGAGGGCGGGGUGGAAGAGGUGGUCGUGGCGACGCAAACCACAACAACCGCGACAGAGCAUUCAGCAACAGCCAGCAGGACUCAUCAGCAGUACAACCGCCUCCGCAGCCUGGUGGGCCGGGCGUCUUUGGUGCUCGCCUGACCAAAGACGCCGCGGAGAAAACCCAAGGCGAGGGCGCAGGGGCGGAGGUUGAGGGCGGCGACGACGUCGAGGCGGAAGUGUGCUUCAUUUGCGCAUCUCCCGUUUCGCACAACAGCGUUGCGCCCUGCAAUCACCGCACCUGCCACAUUUGCGCCCUACGACUGCGUGCGCUGUACAAGACCAAGGCUUGUGCGCAUUGUAGAACGGAGGCCGCAAAUGUGAUAUUUACGGAUGAUGCUGAGAAGAGAUAUGAGGAUUACAAGGGAGGAGACUACUUCAAAGAGGACAAGAACUUAGGCAUUAGCUACGAAAAAGCCGAGAUCUUCGAGGAUACCGUCUUGCUGUUGCGGUACAACUGUCCAGACGAGGACUGCGAUGUUGCUUGUCUUGGCUGGCCAGAUUUACAUCGACAUGUGAAGAGCGUGCACCAGAAGGUCAUGUGUGAUCUCUGCACAAGGAACAAGAAGGUCUUCACUCACGAGCAUGAACUCUUCACCCACGCGGAGCUGAAACGACACGAGAAGUUUGGAGACGACAACCCGGGAGCUGUUGAUCAGAGCGGUUUCAAGGGCCACCCAGAGUGUGGGUUCUGCAGAAGACGCUUCUAUGGCGAUGACGAACUUUUCUCGCACUGCCGUGAGCGUCACGAGAGGUGCCACUUAUGCGACAGAAGAAACGGAGGAAACAGUCCUCAAUACUUUCUGAACUAUGAUGCUCUGGAGAAGCAUUUCAACAAGGACCAUUUCCCAUGCCCUGACAGAGAGUGUCAGGAGAAGAAAUUUGUCGUCUUCGAUUCAGAGAUGGAUCUGAAGGCACAUCAAAUUGAACAACAUCCCAAUGGACUCACAAAGGAUGCCCGAAGAGUGGACCUCUCUUCCUUCGACUAUCGGCCUCAGUACCAAGAACCUACACGUGGCAGGGGAGGUAGGCGAGGAGGCCGCGGACGUGAUCCGAAUGCAGAGCCUAUGCCAGCGGCCUCAGCCGGUAACUUGAGCCGAGCGGAACUGGCUCACCAGCGGGAGCGCGAGAUUCAUAGUGCACAGUCUGUGACAGCUCGCUCAUUCGGAGGUCAAUUGACAGCAGCAACUCCUGCUCAAGCCUCAUCACGACCAGCACCUGCUCCAGCUCAGCAAGCUCCGACUGCCGCCGCUCCACCUUCACCUCGACCAGCUGCAGCGCUUACGCCGCAAGAUCAAGCACGUCAGCUGAGACAUGCCGCUGUAAAUGAGCGCGCUUCGAACUUGGCGCGCAAUGAAAAUGUCAAGAUGGACGAGUUCCGUGAGCGUGUCUCAGCAUAUACGAGGGGCGGGAUUUCAGCUGGCGAUCUCAUCGACGCAUUUUUUGCUAUUUUCGACACAUCAUCAAAUGAGAUCGGUAAGCUCAUUAACGAACUGUCAGACAUCUUCGAGGUUCCCGGCAAGCGCGAAGGACUGCUCAAAGCAUGGGCGGACUGGAAAGCGGUAAAUGAAGAUUAUCCUACUCUGCCAGGACCUGCUGGUGCAAACACAACUGCAGCUGGUGUACUCGGCAAAGGUGUCGGCGCGUCGCGUGUGUUGAAGCUCAAGAGCUCUACAGCCAAAAGUUCACAGUCGGCUGUCUCUCGACAGGCAUCAUGGGCUUCGGCAGGUAGCUCUUCUGCGGCAUCUUCCAGCAAUCCAUUCCCAUCACUCCCUCCUCGCAAUGGCGGACCGUCAGUAGCGGGUCGGGGCAAUGCAGCGCCUGCUCCUACGCCCAGCUGGCUCGCUGUCCGACCGGCAGCAGGCUCUAGUGGCCAGUCGCCUGCAUUAACGCCUUCGAGCUCCGCCCGCGCGUCGCCUGCUAUUGGCGCCCGGCAAGCACCAGCAAACGUCAGAAGCUCGGAACUGUUUCCUGCUCUUCCGGCAGCAAAGAAGCCUACCAGCACUGUCUUCUCACCCGGCUACACUGGACGAGGAAUUAUUAGAAAUAAUUCCGGGACACCCAAUGUCAGCGCGUGGGGAGGAGGCAGCGGUACCAGUACUCCGGCCGCAGAGACUCCGGCGCAAACGGAUGAAACUGUUGCGAGGAAAGGUAAGAAGGGGAAACAAAUCAUGUUCAAAUGGGGUUAGGGUACUCGAGUGUUACUUCUCACCAGGAUUGUAUCUCGAUCUGACGCCUCAGCAAUGCCAUUGCUCGUUGCUUCGUGAUUUGAUAUUGCAGCAACAAAUGAUUGCACUCGGCAACGCAACAGGAUAGACUCUUUGCUAAUGAGACGUGACCUACAACAAGCAAUGAAUGAUGACCACAGACUUUCUUUCCUGGUCUCAACAUUUU